CAUUACACCUUUACCGCCCACCUCCAUUGUCUAGCUCGACGAGGACGCAAGGUCAUCGUCUUCGGCUAUGGUCUCCACGAUCCUAUGGUCAUUGCUAGUUACAACGCUGCCGUUAGCCCUAGCACGGUCUUCGCGGUCUAGCAAUACUACUAGCUAUAGUCUCUCGAACCAAUUGACGGCUUUAGACAGUUCACGAUCAUUCGACAAAUGCCCACCAUGUUUCAAUUGUUUGCUUCCUGCGUUUACUUGCGGCCAGUACGGAGACUGUGAUCCAUAUGAUGGACAGUGCAAGUGUCCUCCAGGAUGGGGCGGAAUUGAUUGUCUCACACCACAAUGUGAUUCUUUGGCAGACGGCGAUGCACGUCAUCUUCGGGAGGAUGGGAAGCAAUGCGAGUGUAAGAACGGGUGGGGAGGUAUCAACUGCAAUGUCUGCAAGACCAACGACGCUUGUGUCGGCUUCCCACUAGCAGGUGGGAUCGACACGGAAGACGACGACGAUAUUGCUGGGAACAUGACUUGUUACAAGGGUGGCGAAACCGUCUUUAGCAAUCACCAAUUCUGUGAUGUGACCAACCAGAAGAUCCUGGACAUGCUCCCUGAUCGCCCGCCACAGGUUACCUUCAGCUGCAACAAACUCGACUCGACGUGCGACUUCCAGUUCUGGACGGCUCAGGUCGAGUCCUUCUACUGCUCAUUAGAUGCCUGCACCACGAGAGUCGAAAACGGCUACGAUAGUAACACGACGGUCUAUCAGUGUGAACAUAUGAAGUGUAGCUGUGUCCCUGGUCGAUUCAUCUGUGGCGAGGAUGGAAGCAUCAAUAUCGACGACUUCCUAACGGAGGAGAUCAAGGGCCCAGCUUCGUUUAGUUGCCAGACGGGCGCGGACUGCAAAUUUGAGGAGCCGGCGAUGAAUCAGCUCAUCAAUGAUGUCUUCGGCGACGGCUACAUUAGCAUCAGCUGCGACGGCGGCGAGUGUCUACACUAUUCCCAAGUCCCAGGCUACAUCAGACCCGAAAAGCCCGACAACACGAGAUGGGUGGCGCUGAGCAUCGCCGGCGCCGGAUUGAUCGUUGUCCUCAUCUCUGCGGUGCUUUGGUACGGCGGCAGAGCGCGGAAGAGCGACUUUGGCCAGAUCAGGCUUCCGGAUAGCGAAGUCUCGCGACUGAUGACGGAUCAUGUACCCGCCUCACUACACUUCACGAACGUCACGUACAAGCUCGGAAACCGCACUAUCCUCGAUUCCAUCCAGGGAUGCGCCAAGCCAGGUCAACUCAUGGCCAUCAUGGGCGCCUCUGGAGCCGGAAAGUCCACGUUCCUCGAUAUUCUGGCCAGGAAGAAUAAGAGGGGUACGGUGAGUGGGACUAUGCUGGUGAAUGGAAGGGAGGUCUCGUCGGAGGAGUUCAGGAAAGUGGUAGGGUAUGUGGACCAGGAGGAUACGUUGAUGAGCACUUUGACGGUCUAUGAGACAGUGCUUUAUUCGGCUUUGUUGAGGUUACCGAGGGAGAUGAGUUUGGAGGCGAAGAAGUAUAGGACGUUGGAGACUAUGAAUGAGUUGGGCAUUCUAACGAUUAAGGAUAUGAGGAUCGGCGAGUCCGGUAAGAGGUCUAUCUCCGGCGGCGAGAAGAGGCGUGUGUCGAUUGCCUGCGAGCUUGUUACGAGCCCGUCCAUCUUGUUCUUGGACGAACCUACCAGCGGUCUCGACGCCUAUAACGCCUAUAACGUCGUGGAGAGCCUCGUUUCGCUCUCUCGAGACUACAACCGUACCGUCGUCUUCACCAUCCAUCAGCCUCGCAGCAAUAUCGUCGCUCUCUUCGAUCAGCUCGUACUUCUCGCACAAGGAAAGAUGAUUUAUUCGGGCGAGAUGUCCAAGUGUCAAGGUUACUUCGACGGUAUCGGACAACCGUGUCCGCCAGGGUUCAACAUCGCCGACUACCUCAUCGAUCUCACUAUGCAGGCAUCGCAAGAGCCUCGCAGUAGCGAUGAGUCAGCCACUGAAGCAGCGACGCCCAUCGAUGCUGAAGAAUCCAAUAUCCGCGACGAAGAACGUGGCCUUCUCUCUCCUCACAAAGCCUCCUCUGCACUCGCCACCCGCUCUUCUCACUCCAAUGGCCAAUCCUCGACCUCCGAAGACGAAACCGAACUCCAAGUCCGCGCACGCGCCGACUCUUCCUCCUCUAACUACAUCAAACGGAAAACUUCCCAACUCCUCGAAGCAGUCACUUUCACGUCUCAAUCCGGUGACCCGCCAUUAUCACCUCGUCUUGCUUCACUCGUGGAUCAGUAUGCUUCGAGCGACGUCUCGGAGAGUAUCGCUGCGGAGAUUGCACGGGUGAGGCAGAAUGGACAUAGUAAUGGGAAUGGUAGUGGGGCCGGGAUGGAUGAGACAAGGGAUGUCGCUCUGGAGAGUGGGUUGUUGAGGGGACGAAAGAGGGCGACUUGGGCCACACAGUUCUCGAUUUUGAGUGGGAGGGCGUUCAAGAACUUGUACCGGGACCCGGCGCUCUUGACCGCACAUUAUAUGGGAUCGGUUGCUCUUGCUUUGAUAUGUGGUUUGUUCUUCCGUAAUGUGGCGAACGACAUCGGUGGCUUCCAGAAUCGACUUGGUGUAUUCUUCUUCACCCUAGCGCUCUUCGGUUUCUCUUGUUUGUCGAGCUUGGGUCUCUUCGCCAACGAGCGGAUCCUCUUCAUGCGCGAACGGUCUAAUGGCUAUUACUCGUCAUUCACGUAUUUCUCCUCGAAAGUCCUCUUCGACAUCCUACCGCUGCGCGUGGUUCCGCCACUCCUUUUCGGUGGUAUCGUGUACGGCCUCGUAGGCCUUGUUCCUUCUGUAUCGACAUUCUGGAAGUUCCUCUUCGUGCUCGUGCUGUUCAAUCUCACCACUGCGAGCGUCGUCUUGCUCAUCUCGGUGGCUUGUGAGAGUACUAGUGUCGGGAACUUGGUCGGGACAUUGGUCAUGCUAUUCAACUUGUUGUUCACUGGUCUCCUUAUCAAUCGUGACAAGGUCGUGCCGUGGCUUCAGUGGUUGCAUACCGUCUCGUUCUUCCACGCAGCCUAUGAGGCUCUCGUGGUCAAUGAACUUCGUUACCUACAGCUCAAGGAGUUCAAGUACGGCGUGGAGUUGGACGUGCCUGCUGCGACGAUCUUGUCGACCUUCGGUUUCAGGGCGCAGUCCUUCUGGUGGCCCAACGUAGCGCUCUUGGGAAUAUUCUUCGUCGCGUUCACGACGGCGAGUUAUAUCGUGUUGCACUUCUAUGUUAGGGAGAGGAGAUAAGGUAGCUUUGUCUUUGCACUUCGAUGGUGCCCACUUCUCGGGGAUUAUUGAAGCAUGUUAUACACGUAUCAUCUGCUAAAGUCGCGGUGGGAUGAUCGUUAUAUUGCGGAGGGUUGGAGAAGGGACGCACCCCGUGUACUCUAUAUUGUAUUAUUUCUUUGCAUUUCUUCUGUUCACGGCUCCGAGCUCUUUGUGUUGUGCC